AUGAGCUUCCAAGAGGAAGAUGAAUGGCUUGGGUUGGGGCAAGGAUUCGUGCUGGACGAUGCGUUCAAAUGCACAAGUCCUCUCGGCGCCGACAACACGUUACAAGUGCCAUUGCGAGAGCCCUCACCUAUCCCAGUUUCUCCACAAGACCUUAUGGAUUUCUCUUUUCCAAAUGACAACUCGCUUUCUCUUCCAAUACGGGAAUACGGGCAAAAUUCAUGUGAAAUUCAGUUCCAAGGCGGGAAUGAGCCGCCACGGUUGUCACCAGUGUCGUCCUCGUAUCAGUCAAUGGCUCCGUUGCAAAACGUUUCCUACGAGUUGUCGACGACAUCUAUGGUGCAGGAAGAUUCCUACAACUCAUUUGAGCAGCCCUCUAUUGUUGUGAAUGGUCAUUAUCAGACUAUCGAACAACAAAUAAUCCAGCCCCAACAAGGAUAUUAUCAGGCUGUUCCGGAUGUACCGCACCAGCAGGUCGUGUCUACUCCACAUACUCAACAUAGUUCGACACCGAGUGGAAGCACUUCUUCCGGUUCGGUGGUGCAGCAAAUACUCAAUGCACCUUCGGCAAGACAGACACCCACGCCACAACAACAACAUCCUAGUUCUCACCCUCGUCAGCGUCCUAUACAACCGAAAGCUCAUAAUAAUGGACGGAAGCGGGCAUCUGUAAAUUCCCAUUCUGGUUUGUCAAACAAAUCCACAAAGGUGGACUCGUCUACGAAUAAUUCAAAUCAAACUGAAGUUCGGUUUAGUAUGAGCGCAUUGACCCGGAUAACUGAAAUCGGUGCGGAAAUGGCUCAACUUCAAGAACAGCAGGAUAAGUUGGGUAUCAACAACUCGCAACGCCUCAGUGAGCUUCAAGCUCAAAGAGCCAGCAUUCUGCUUGAAGCCUUGAGUUCACAGAAUGUUGGUGAGACGGUGUUGAGUCAAGUAAAACAAGUGGCAGCAGCAGCAGCUCCCACAUCCCAACCACGGCCAACCGCACGAUCUCGAGGGAAUCACGGCCAUUCUUCACGACAGCAGCACUUUGAAAAUGCGCCGGAGUCGCCGCAGUACCAACCACAGAUGUAUCUUGCCAGUCACAAUCAGUAUCCAAGCACAAGUACCGCACAAUUCCAAGAAUUCACAUCUGGAAAUGUUACCCAAGCUCAAAUUGUCCACCAACAGGACCAGGUAACUGUACAUCGCCAACCGCAACAACGGGUCUACAGGACACAGAAUGCCGGAACAGCUGUUUUUCAUGCUACCUCGCAGCUUCCACCCGGAACUGUGUAUGUCCAAAAUGUCCCUCAAGCUUCACAGGCUCAAUUCGCAUCCAAUCAACCAACGGUGGGAGAAGUUGUCCGGCAACAACACCAGCUGCGGCAAGUUUCGGGAGCUCAUCAAGUCAUUGUACAGCAAGUAGCGGCUCCACAAAUGGUGGUAACAUCUGGUGGCCAACCAGUCAGUGGUGCACAAAUUCGGACUCAAAUUGUACAGCAGUCCUCUUUGCCCGCUCAGAUUGUCUUGGCUCCUGCAUCGGUUCAGCAGACGCCACAAAUGGUGGUUGUUGCCCAAAGAUCAACACCUGCGCAAACGGCAAAACGUCUUGAAGAAAAACGUGCAGGACGAUUGAGUCGAUUGCGAAGUUAUUUCGACAAUCUUCACGAUAUGCUAGCAAACCCGGAUACUGAAACGCCAUUCACAGAUCUCCGUGACGUUUUGCAGCGGUUGUUACCAUAUCACGCGUAUGGAGAGCCGAGCUUCAGUGAAGAGCACUUGGAACAAUUUGAUUCCAACUACCUACGAACAACCAUAAAUUUGAUGGAACAACGGAAACGGUUGGAAAAGAGGUUGCGAAAGGUUUUCUUCGACGAAGCAAUGCGUACAACCGAAGUAGAAGAGCGGAAUUUACUACUGUUCCUUGACGGUGAGUACGCAAAACGCAAACUUGAAGAAGAAAAGGAGUUUGUGAAGCAAGGAAAUCUUGAAUUGUUUGUUCGGGACAGUCCCAUAGUGGCUGCUCUACGAAAUUCGGAUCAGGAAACCUUGGAAAAAGCAAGAGCAGCAUCCGCCUCAUCAAGACCGUCGUGUUCUAAAUCGGUUAUGCAGCAGUACGAAUACCAUCCGUUUGAUGAAAUCCCAUUGGCAGUAUCCCCGUAUAAGUCACCAUCACCUUUCAAGUCACCAGCAAGUAGUAUACGCUCGCCGUCACCAUGUAAAUCACCUGCUAGCAUCCCUUACUCACCCAGGAUUAGGGCACGAAAAACAUCGCUUUCACAACAUCCUUCUCCUGCUCAAAUCCAAGAACCGAUGAGAACACGUACUACGUCGAAGUCUCGAACGACGUCGGAAACAACUCCAGCGCCUUCAGAAAAACCGGAAGUGGUUAAAACUGAGCCCGUCCGACCAGUACCUCCUCCUCUCCCUACUGCGGCGUCACGGAGAGUUCCACCGUCAAGUCCCAUAACAACGCUCGCUGCUAGGAAGGGUCCACCGUCGAGUCCAAUACCAACGUUAGCAUCGCGAAGAGCUACACCAUCCAGGAAUGCUGCAGAAUUGAAACCUGUCGUGAAGGAGGAGAUAACUUCUGUAGGAUCACCGGCUGCUCCGGGGUCAUCACGUGCUCGAUCGAAGACUCCUCAAAAAACGCCAGAACCACCACCGACUACUUCGACACCUGGAAGGUUACCAGCAAAGAAGGAGAUCUUGAGCAGAGCCAGACAAGGUGUGCCUGUGGAGAUGCGAUCACCUCCUGCACACACGAGUAUCGCCGCAUCGUCGUUGUUCUCGCGCUAUUCCGUUGACGAUUACGAAUCAGACGGAUCAGCGUCGCCCGAGCUUGGUGUCGAUGACGUGAUCUCACAAGCGCCCCCUAAAACUCCACCACAGUCUACUGUUACUGCUCCAACCUCUACACCAGAUACAGAUAUAGCUACUCAACCAACACCUACUUCAUCUGUUUCCAAGUCUCAGGCUCAAACUUCAGCUGUAGUUCAAACGCCUGCUCUAAAGCGUAUACCUAUUCCGCCACCGCCGCACAGGUUACCUAGUUCUCAGCGAUCUACCGUACCUCAACCGCCGCCACUGCCUCAGAGGAAAGAGAAAGUAAUGAAAACACCUGAAAGGACCGCAUCACCAAUGGUCAAGCAAGAGAAUGUGAGACCGGUGGUGAAGCAGGAAGAAGAGAAACCCGCUGAGCGCUUCAGGUUCAAACCUCAGGUACCAAGACCUACUCCGGUUUCCCCCCUCAAACCCACAGCACCUAAACGAGAGACACCUGUUGAGGUAGGACUUCCUGGAAAAGAUGUGAACAGUAGAGAGAUCAGAAAUCAUCUCGAAGAGAACGAAAAUGUUCCGGUGGCGAAUUGUGUGAAGCCUCCGCCUAUUCGUUUAAAAGUGAAAUUUGAUGGAGCGAAACCGUACAUAGAGAACAACGAGAACAGCGAAAAAGAUGGCGAAAAGAAGCACAGAAAACACAAAAAGAAGAAGAAAGAACGGGAUAAAGAACACAAAGAAGGGCACAUACAUGUUAAGGUGAAGCACCGAACUAAAGGGGAUAGAAAACAUAAAAAGAAAAAGAAAGAGAAGAGUUCACCGCAGGAGCUUGUUGCCGUUACGAAGAAUGGGAAGCGCUUAAAAGUGAAAUUUGGAUUGGGUGGUAGCGAUACGAGAAGUAGCACUCCGAAUAAGCUUUCAGCAUCAGUUGAGAUCUCAGAACCGCAGCCAACGCAUCAGCCAUCGAUGCACGAACCAUCAACAUCAAAAGCAUCAGCUGUGGCUGAUCAUCCCAAGGUCCCACGAUUACGGAUUCGAAUAGGAGAUUCUCCUGCUCUGGUGAUCGCUCCUCCGAAAGCAGACCCACCUCAAACUGCUUUACGAUUGCAUUCUCCAGCAGGUACAGCUUCUUUGGAUGGACUCGCGGAGGCGCCGAAAGGAUCAAUACCGGUUCAGAAAGGCAGUUCCAAUCCUCUGGCUGUUGAAUUCUCAGAUGAUUCUGACACGGAGGCGGAACGUAUACGAUCAGCAACCGAUGAAGCACUUCGCGGGUUAUCCAAUUUGACUAGUCUGAGCCGAGCAAAUGCAACCUGGGAAGCCGUCAUGGCUGAGCAAGUAGAAAGGGCAUUUUUGAAGCAGCCGACUAUAAAUCUUAAUAACAAGGCUCGUCUUUUGGCUGGAAACAAGAAAGUUCCCCGAUAUGUUCGCAACAUUGGACUAGGAUUCAAAACUCCUCGAGAGGCCAGCGAAGGUACCUAUAUUGAUAAGAAGUGUCCAUGGACUGGAAACUGCUCAAUUCGUGGCAAUAUUUUGACUGGUGUUGUACUAAAGAACAAAAUGACCAGGACGAUUGUGGUACGACGUGAUUACCUUCACUUUGUCAAGAAGUACCGCCGUUUCGAGAAACGACAUAAGAAUGUGCCGGCUCACUGUUCGCCAGCUUUCCGUGAUAUCGCUCCUGGAGAUUUGGUCACCAUCGGAGAAUGCCGUCCGCUCUCAAAGACUGUUCGAUUUAAUGUUUUGAAAGUGAACAAGGCCGGAUCAACAAAGAAAGGAUUCGCCAAGUUCUAA